CUUAGAUCAGUUUCUUGUGAUGUAAACAAUGUUGUUGUCGGUGAAGGUAGUUAGGGUAUACUGUAUACCGUAACUAUUGUUGUUUAAGGAAGGGUGUUGCUGUUAUCAGAGGUACACUGUAGCCAUCCACCAUGAGGGUCACUGAGUUAAGGUUUGCACAGAAUAUAGGUUCCCACUUCAAGGCACUGUGGCUGAUACAGGGGAAGAAGAGAGUCUCUGACACUGGGGCUGCGGCCAUCCUCAGGGCUAAAGGAGUGCCAGUUGUGCAUCCCCAAGAGGUCCUGUCACCUGCAUAUGAUCGCCCGUUUGAAAAGGUUGAUCUGUUACCAAGACUAGAACCUGUUAAGGAAUUAGAAGAGAAACAAACUCUGUGCCAUGUGUUCACCAAUAAAUUCUCCCCAGUGAUGGGCGUGUCUCAAGUUCAGCUCAUCACAAACUCUGUCGUUCGAUCUGGUUUGCCUGAAACUGUACUGGAGCGCGCCGUUGAGAACACGGCCGAGGAAGAUGAGAAAGUGAAAGAGGCAAUUCUUCAUGCAUAUCUGUUGGACUCCAAACAAAUUAAGUUAACGAGGGUAUUGGACGUCAUCAACAGACCGGGAUGGAUAUAUAAGCGAGAAUAUGGUAUCCCAGUGGCAAGAAGGCACAAGACUCUGACAUACCAGCUCCUGCUCCUUCUUGAUCAUUUAGUGCCUGGGGCAGCUGAGAGGCAGCUGGUGGAGGAUACCAUCACCACUGCCAAUUUUAACCAUUCAGAUCGUCUUAUACAGACGAAGCACAGAGCAGCCUUCAUCUUGUCGUCACCAAAUCCGUUACCUCAGCUUUUAGAUAAUGAGGAAGUAAAGAGUUUGGAAGAGGAGACAAUGCCAGACAUAUAUCCUCUCUCACCGUUUAUUAACUGUCGAGCAAUCGGGAAUUACUCUUUGGAGGAUUCCUAUGGUGUUGGAAGUGGUCACCUUCAUCCACACACCAUCUUCAUCCAUCACAACCAGUCCAGGAUGCCACACUCCGAAGAGCACUUUAAUGGGAUGACUCUCCUUUAUGCCUUUUCACAUGCUGCUGCAUAUGCCAAGCAAAUAGCCAAGAUUGAAAAUGGCAACUUGGAGAAGCCUGUAGUAGUGCAGGUAGUCCAUAUGCACAAGCAACAUUUCCACAUGGGAGUGUUUCAGCUCAACACCCUCAACCUGACUGGGCUAAGCAAGAACAUUUUUUGGACCCAGCCUUGGGAACCUCUCUUUGGUAAAUGUUGCUUCCAAGCUGCAAAACCUGUGCUAGAGGGCUACAAUCCUAAAGUCUUCAGCCUUCUAAAAGGACUACAUGCCCAGUGUUGAUAUAUUGUUCAUAUGAAAUAGACAUUGUAGUAGGUA